AUGGCUAUGGUUCUUCAAGCGAAUCGUGCAACAAGCGGCAACAGCAGCACGGUUCCUAUGGAUUCUUAUAAUCAGCUGCAUGAAUCAAACAAUCAAGAAGAUAGUUUCCAUCGCAAGAUAUUUGAUAAGAUCGAAGAAGCCAAACAAUGUCGAAAUGUUGAAAAAAGUCAACAGAUACUUGAUGAUUUUCUCAAACUGCUCAAACAUUUGACAACAGAUGUGAAUAAUUACAACCUAGCGUUUCGUGAAACACGACCCUCAUUCUAUAUGCAGGAAUUUCAAAGAUUAACUGAUCGAAUUGAUACAUUAACAAAAGCGCGAGAUACACUAACGGAAUAUCUUCGUGAACUUCAAGGUCAAACAAUCGAUACAAAUCUCCCUCAUUCGUCAUCAUUUAAUGAUGUUUCGACAAUGCAUAGUCAAUUUCAACAACAAUUACAAUAUUCUCCCACCAUGUCCCACUCUCCCCGUUCGUCUCCAUCGGAAAAAUCUCAUCAUCAGCAUACAUCAUCCAUUUCUUCAACAUAUUCGAACUCAAAAGAUAAUUCUCACAAUGAACAUUCAACAGCCAACGAGCAUCACUCAACUCAACGACCGCGUAGUCCAACUAUGAUGUCAAACAACUUUAUCCGUGUUCAUUUUCCUAAUAAACACACAACUGCGCUUGCGCCACGUACUGAUGAAACACUUGAAACGGCACUUCAAUUACGCGCUUCAAGACAUUCGGUGACUAAUAUACGUGCAUAUACGCCAGUCUAUAUGAUAUCCAGACAACCAUGCCCUUGGGAUAUCACUCUCGAUCGUCUGCAAGAAACGGAAAUCGAACUCGAAGAAAAACCAAAUUUUGAUCAUUCAUUCGAAACGCUUCCAACACCCCGUUUUCGCGCAUUUAUGGGUGUACGUUGUGUGUUUUGUCAUCAUCGUAUUCGUGAAAUGUAUAAACGUUGUGUUUCAUGUGGAAAUACUUAUCAUAAUCAGUGUUGUAUCAAAGCACCUGUUUGUUCUCAUCCGAUUCUUCAACAUAUUAAACAUCUUGGUCCUGAUCGUUUUAACGCCGAUCGACCAAAUGUUCAAGCACGAAAUAAGGAACAAUCACGUAGCUUGCCACGAAUUCCACUACCCAGACAAGGCAUUGCAACAAACCAAGUAGUCGGUCCACAAAAGGACAUUAGUCAAGAUUCACUCCCAACAACAACAGCAUCAAAUGUUGGCACCUGUCCAACUACUACUCUGUCGACGAUCAACAUAUCGUCAUCACCAUCAUCGAACACACUUUUUCAACCGUCUACAACACUUCUGUCAUUAUCAUUGCCAUCAACCGAAUCACCCAUACUUCACAUUCCUCAGUUAUUACUGAUAGUCAAUGGAUCGAUUGUAACUAAUCCGGAGAAGCUUCGACCGAGUUUGAUCAAGCCAAAUAGUGACAUUCUCGCGGACGCAAAGAAAGCCUCGCCUAAAUAUGUCAGUGAAUGGAAAAUUCGACCGGAAGAUUUACUUGACCAUGGCCGAAUGGUUGGUAAAGGUACUUAUGGAACUGUAUAUAAAGCUCAAGUGAGAUUACAUGGUGAUGUGGCCUUGAAAGAAUUGAAUUUCGUGUCACCGACUCCGAGUCAAUUUCAAGCAUUUCGUAAUGAAGUUUUUGCAUUAAAAAAAAUUACACAUCAGAAUACAUUGAACUUCUAUGGAUAUAUCGUUUCACCUCGUUUCGCCAUUGUAACACAAUGGUGUGAUGGCUCAACAUUGUACAAACAUAUUCACAUUCUCGAUCGGCAUUGGAAAAUCAAUCAACUCAUUGAUAUUGCUCGACAAAUUUGUCAAGGAAUGUCAUAUCUACAUGAUCGCGGCAUUAUCCAUCGAGAUCUGAAGUCGAGCAACGUCUUUCUUGAUAUGUGUGCUGAACCUGACGAUGCGGGUGUUUGUUGGCGUGUUAAGAUUGGUGAUUUUGGCUUGGCAGCUGUUAAAACCGUUCUUGCCGAAGGUGUUAAUCAACAAUUUCAACCUACGGGUUCAGUUUUAUGGAUGGCGCCUGAAGUUAUUCAACAGAAAGAUCCCAAUUGUUACUCAACUAGCUCGGAUGUAUAUGCGUACGGAUGUGUUUUAUUUGAAAUGUUUAGCGGAAAACUACCGCACGCACCAAUCAAUAACAAAGAACAGAUAAUGUGGCUUGUUGGCAAAGGUAAAUUGAAAAUCAAAGUUGAUCAAUGUCGUGAUGAUACACCGGAAGCAAUAACAGAUUUAAUACGUCAAUGCACAGAAUUUGACCGAGAACAACGGCCGGAUUUUGCACCUGAAAUUGAUGAUGUUUUAUCAAAAUUUGAAUUCAUAUUUCCACGUACACAACGUUCACAAUCAGAGCCAUGUUUAAUUCGUAAUCCUCAAGACGAUUUACUCGGUCUGUCGAUCAAUUUCGGCGUACCCAAAACUCCCGUAUCCAUUCAACGACGAUUCAACGCUGAUGUUUCAUGA